UUAUCUACCCAAAAUAUUAUUUUUCCUUCUUUCUAAAUCUGAAACUGAAAGGCUAAAACUGGUAGAAAUGUAGAAUAAGAGUUUAACGGGAAAUUGAGAUUUGGCUCAACAGCUAUAAACCCUAAUCAACUAACUUCAAUUUCCGUUGCAAGAUGGAAAACCGGAACACAGGAUCAGAUGCUGGAGAUGUAUCUUCAGCCACAGCAGUUCUCCUUGGAGCUUUAGCUCCUGGUGUUAAUGGUCCUACAUGGAUUACUUUAAAGUCCACUUUUUUAUUGCUGGGUCUCUGUCUUGCUGUUAUGCUGGCCUUAGCAUUCUCUUCCAGUGAUUCAUGGUUGAUUUUCCAUGUUGCAUUCCUUGUUCUAAUUUGCCUCACCCUCUUCUUGCUUCUCAGCUGUUUGCAUCCUUGUGGAGUCUAAAAUUGAUCAUGUAACAACUAUGCACUUAUGAUUUGUGAAUGUGAUGUGACAUUCUGUUUGACCAUGUUGGUUCCUAAAUGACACAACUUGGAUUGGAAGUGUUGUCAUUGUAAUAAGGAAGACCAAGUUUUAUGCCCAUGCAUGAGUUAAGUUUUUCAUUUUUAUUUUUUUUAUCGACAAAUAUUAGUUGUUAGUUAUUGUAAUAGGGGGAUUCGAACCUGUGAUCUAUCUCUCCCUCCCUUCAUCCUUUACCAUCAAGCCAACCUUAUAUCUCCUAGUUAAGCUUUUCAUGUAUGCAUGUUUGUGUGUAUUUUGUUUUAUAAAAGUGUGUGUGUGUGUGGCACUUCACAUGGCAAUGCAAAAUGUUUUGUGAUGGAUUUGGUGAUGUUGUAAUUCGUGAAUUAGAUUUAGUUUUUCAUGGUGCAAUAGCAUGGAAAACGCAUAGGUGCAGAUAUGAUUUAGUCAGCAUAUUGUGAUUCCACAGGCCACUUUGUGUUCCCUUCAUGAGGAAGAUUGCAAAGAGAAGAAUAAAAAGGAAAUGCAUGUUGUAUCAUUAUGGCAUAUGUAUAAGUAAAUUCUAGAAAAGCAUUGGUUUUCUUUUGGCAUCUAAUUAUGAGUGAGUUGUUGGCUAGAACUCAGAAUAUUCUAUAGUGGUUUUCCUUUGUGUUGUAAUGAGCAAUAAAACUAAGGACAAAGGAGCUAAAGAAAGAGUAAAACAGCAAGAAAAUUAUCGUGGUUCAGGACAAUUGGAGACCCCUACAUCCACACUGUAGCCGAUUCUUUCUUCAUUCAAUGAUCACAACUACACAGCAUGCAGCAGCAAGACUUCUAGGGAAGUUUACAAUAGCCUCUCCUCACUUGCACUCAGAGUUUGUUUUUUAUCACAAUGAAUCUAAAGAAUAUGUCCUCUCCUCACUUGCACUCAGAGUUUGUUUUUGAUCACAAUGAAACUAAAGAAUAUGUCCUACAAGAAUUACAUCAGCUGAGACUUAUAUACACCAACUCUAGUUACAAAUAUAGGUAUCACACAGCUAAUAGGUUUAGAACAGAUUUCUGUUAUAAGGCUAGAGCUUAGCUAACUAACUAUUGUUGAUCCAUCUUCAUAACACUUUGCAGUACUGAAUGUAUUUUUUUUCUGCAGGUUUCUUACACAAACCGGUUUAGUCUCUGUUGAACAUCAAAUGCGCGAGAUGGGCUUAGAGAACCUAAAGAGCAAAUGACUUUUUUCUUAUAAGAUGCGUGAGAUUGGGAGCAUUUCCGAGGACACUGUCUUAAAAUGCUUGAGAAAUACUCUAUGGUUGUUUUGGUUUAAUGUAUAAUGAAGAGGAUCUCAAUAUUCGUAGUCCAAAAACUUGUAAAUCUGAAACUUCUCAAUAGAAGUAAUUUGGUAGAUUAGAUGAACUGUGUUUACCCUCAAUUAUAUAUAGUCAUUUUUAUCCUAUGUAA